AUGAAUAACCAAUAUUCAGCAGGGGGAGGAAGGACAAGCCUUGACCCACGUCGUCAUAGUUACAUAGAAUCUGUUGACAAUGUUACUGAUAACCAACAAAUGAGUGACUCCUUGCAGCAGCAGCAGCAGCAGCAGAACCACCGCCACCACCACCACCACCAUCACCACUACUAUAAACAACAAAUUUUCCCCACACAUUAUGAAGAAUUUCAUUUUGCCAAGCCACCAAGAAUGAACGAACUUACUACUCCAAUAAGCUACCAAACGGUGGCGGUGGACCAUUCCAAGACAAAUAAUCGAAGUUCGCGGGAGAUCCAUAGAAGUGAGACCACUACUUUCUUGAACAGUCUCGGGAAUUCUGCUGAUGAUGAUGAGGUCAUACUUCGUAAUUUGAAGAAAACUCGAUCAAGACCACUCAGUACCCACGAUAUCAAUACCAAAUAUCCAUUUUUAAAACCACCUAAGCUGCCAGUAACCAGUAUAACGAAGAAGUUAGACCAAGAGACAGAAAGUGACAACUCUCUGAGAGACAGAUUUAUGCCACUAGAUUCAGUUAGCGAGACUUGCAUGGAAGAAGACGAACAAGAAGAAGACGAAGAUAAAACAAGGAGGAAAUGGCCCUGGCCACACAUCAAACACAUGAAGUCUGGUUUAAAGUCCUCCGAUAACGCCCUGAUUACUACAUCUUCAGAAUCAAUCAUAUCAAACGCUUCAAGUACAAUAUCCAAUCUUUUCACCCAGGCGAAACGUUUGAGCAUCAAUCCAGCCUCCAACAUGAAAAGAACCAAAUUAUUCACCCGGUUCUUCAAGUUAAACCCAGACCAUAAUCUCUUUGCAUCAACCAUCCAAUCAAGAGCCGAUUACGAAGGCAGACAAGUUCCAUUAAUUAUCACAAGAUGUAUAGGGGAAGUGGAAUAUCGCGGUCUUGAAUGCGAUGGAAUAUAUCGAACAGCAGGACCCAACUCAGAAAUAGUGGCAAUUCAGGUUGCAUUCCAAAAUAAUGACACGGAGAAAUUAGACCAUUUGAUGUCAGGGGAUAUCCACUCCGUGGCUUCGGUUUUGAAAAGAUACUUGAAUAAUAUAACAGAACCAAUAAUAACGUCGGAUCUUUACCAUGAUUUCAUUCGAGUGUCAUGUUCUCCACGAGAGAGAAGAAUACUGGAGUUACGAACACUAGUCAAUAAGCUACCAAGUGCCAAUAAACACACAUUAAAGCUAUUGUGUAACCACCUCAAUUUAGUCAACUCCAAGCUGAAAGUAAACCGUAUGGGGUUCGGGAAUUUGGCUACGGUGUUUGCUCCUACUUUGGCACGAAAUAAUAGAGAGGAUAUGGAUCUUAGUAUAGAGAGUACCUUAUUUUUGUUUAAUAAGAGUCAAGAAAUAUUUUCUGACUGUUGGGAGUGAUUUAACAUUAUAUUUGGAUAAAAAGAUUAUAUAAGGGAUAGAUUUUGAUUGUAGAGAUCAUCAGGAAGACUAAGUUAAUUUAUACGAGUAACAGAAAAUUGAUUGUUUUAUAUAGAAUGUAACGGCAAAUAAAAGAGAUCUAAUU